GCAUCUAGCUCCUCAGCUUCCUUCUUCUUCUUGAUCCGUUGAUAAAUAUUGUAAAAGAUGAUGGAAGCAUGUGAUUGUAUAGAGACACCGUAUCCACCUGACGAACUUCUUGUCAAGUAUCAGUAUAUUUCGGAUGUCCUAAUUGCACUCGCAUAUUUCUCUAUUCCUGUAGAGCUGAUCUAUUUUGUUCAGAAAUCUGCAUUCUUCCCUUAUAGAUGGGUGCUUAUGCAGUUUGGUGCUUUUAUUGUUCUCUGUGGAGCAACUCAUUUCAUUAACCUCUGGACAUUCUCUGUGCACUCCAAGGCCGUUGCCGUGGUAAUGACCAUCGCCAAGGUCUCGUGUGCCAUUGUGUCAUGCGCAACUGCGCUCAUGCUUGUUCACAUCAUUCCUGAUCUGUUGAGUGUCAAGACGCGCGAGUUGUUCCUUAAGAACAAGGCUGAAGAGCUUGAUAGGGAGAUGGGCCUUAUUCUUACGCAGGAAGAAACCGGAAGGCACGUUAGGAUGUUGACUCAUGAAAUUCGGAGCACACUGGACCGGCAUACCAUUCUCAAGACUACUCUUGUUGAGCUUGGUAGGACUUUAGGCUUGGAGGAAUGUGCAUUGUGGAUGCCAUCAAGGAGUGGUCUGAAUCUGCAACUUUCCCACACUUUAACCUUUCAUGUUCAAGUUGGGUCUACGGUGCCAACAAACCUUCCCAUUGUCACUGAAGUUUUCAAUAGCCCUCGAGCGACACGGAUACCGCACACAUGCCCAUUGGCCAGGAUUAGGCCUCUUGUGGGGAGAUAUGUUCCACCUGAAGUAGUUGCUGUCAGGGUGCCUCUGCUACAUCUCUCGAAUUUCCAAAUCAAUGACUGGCCUGAUCUUUCAGCAAAAAGCUAUGCAAUAAUGGUUCUCAUCCUCCCUACUGACAGCGCUAGAAAGUGGCGAGACCAUGAGUUGGAAUUGGUUGAUGUUGUUGCAGAUCAGGUAGCAGUUGCCCUUUCCCAUGCUGCUAUUUUGGAGGAGUCGAUGCGAGCUCGUGAUCAACUCAUGGAACAAAAUGUGGCUUUAGAUUUAGCUCGACGGGAGGCAGAGAUGGCUAUUCACGCUCGCAAUGAUUUCCUUGCUGUCAUGAAUCAUGAAAUGAGGACACCAAUGCAUGCAAUAAUAGCAUUGUCGUCACUUCUUUUGGAGACUGAACUGACUCCAGAGCAGAGAGUCAUGAUAGAGACAGUAUUGAAGAGUAGUAAUGUCUUAGCAACACUUAUCAAUGAUGUUUUGGAUCUUUCUCGACUGGAAGAUGGUAGCCUUGAAUUAGAAAUGGGAAAAAUCAAUCUUCAUGGUGUUUUGGGAGAGGUUGUUGAACUGAUAAAGCCUAUAGCAUCUGUGAAAAAAUUACCUAUUACUUUAAUUAUUGCUCCUGAUCUUCCUGUGCAUGCCAUUGGUGAUGAAAAGCGACUUAUGCAAACUCUAUUAAAUGUUGUGGGUAAUGCUGUCAAAUUCACUAAGGAGGGCUAUGUGUCUAUUAGAGCAACUGUUCCAAAACCAGACUCUUUACAAGAUUGGCGACCUCCCGAGUUUUACCCAGCUUCAAGUGAUGGCCAUUUUUACUUACGAGUACAGGUUAAAGAUUCUGGAUGUGGCAUUCCUCCACAAGAUAUACCACAUCUUUUCACCAAAUUUGCUCAAUCUCGGAGCGGUCCAGGUCGACCAACCAGUGGUGCAGGUCUUGGGCUUGCCAUUUGUAAAAGAUUUGUGAAUCUCAUGGGAGGGCACAUAUGGAUUGAGAGCGAAGGCAUGGACAAAGGGACCACAGCUACAUUCAUAAUUAAACUUGGGAUUAGUGGCAAUCCCGAAUUGGUGGAUCGUCAAGCUGCAAACAGAGGGCAAGCAUAUAGUGGAAGUGGAGGCCUAGCUAGAUUCAAGGCCUUCGCCAAAGAUGAAGACGCAGGUUUUGCCGGUCGACGGAAUCAAAGAAGUUUUUAAAAUGAAAAACAACAAAAUUGCUUAACCUUCAUUUUGGAUAAGCCAAAUUGUAUAACAAAGUUUGCGGCCAUAUAGAUUAGGAUUAUUUAAAUAUUUACUUAUCCAGGCAAGCUUCUAACGAACGGGCCUUGUAAGAAGACGUAUCAUUAAUUUGCAUACAAUAUAGAGGAACAAAGUUUAGGAAUAAUCCCUUUUGUAUAUAGCUUGGUUUAUUUUCCGUUUCGGAAAUUUCAAAAUAUGAUUUUAGCGAAA